GAUUUUAAAAACAAUAAGACCACACAAAAAAAUAAAAAAUGGCCAAGCCAAAGGCAACAACAAGAAGGAAGCGCAACAAAAAGGCAACUGAAAAGGAAAAUGGUGAAUUGCAGACUAACGAUGGGACUGCGACGGCCAACAACAACAACGGAGCGGAGCGCACAGUGGGACAAGGUCCCAUGUACACAAUUCUAUCCAAUGCGCAACUGAAUGAGACUUUUCACAAGCGCUACAUCAAAGAGCUGAAGCUACUGUACUCCAAGCUGGAUCACGAUGCCUUCAUGGUUACGUUUAUCAAGAUGUUUAAAACAGUGCUGGAAGCGGAUGAGAAUAAUGAGUAUGGAAAUACGGCGCUCGCAUAUUGCGCCAAGUUCGUGACCAGCUUCGAGUCGGAGAGAACACAUCCCAUACUGGCCGGAAUGUUCUCCUGGCUGCUGUCGACAAUUUCCAAUAGUCCGCACAUUCGAUAUCGCAUCUGUUUCUCAGUCAAUCUCAUACUGAAACAUUUGGGACCAUAUGCCGCAUUGGAUGACUCACAGUGUGAUCAGAUUUUGCAUUAUAUGCUCGACCGACUCAAGGACGUGUCGCCCAGUGUGCGCAAGGAGGCUGUCCUGGCCAUGCAGCGUCUGCAGAUGCCGGACAAUCCAAAUGAUCCAGUAAUCUGUGCCUAUCGCUAUCAUUUAAGCUCGGAUCCUUCGUCCAGUGUGCGUCAGUGCGUCAUCUCAUGCAUGGGACGCAACCAUCUGACAGUGCCACACAUACUGCAGCGUCUCUGGGAUGUGGAUGAGAAGGUGCGACGUCACACCUACAUCAACAUGUGCAACUAUCCGGUGCGAUCCUACAAGGUGUCGCAGCGUCUCAUGCUCAUCGAGCGUGGCCUCAACGACAGUUCCGAUAUUGUGCGCAAAAAUGUCAUCAAGUACAUGCUGAAGGCUUGGGUUGAAUCCUACCAGCAGAACUACAUACAGCUCACGGCUGCGCUCAAACUGGACUCCAACGAGGAGGAGAUCUUACGCUUCCGUCGCGUCGCCCGCCAAAUGCUGUUGGUCAUCUUCGAGAAAGUCGAUAAUCAGGAACUUAUUGCCCAGCUGCCCCUGUCCGCGGAUUGUGAACUGCAUCGCUGUGUACCACAUGAGGAACUCACCGUGGAGCUGCUGCUCUACUGGCAAUGCCUCAGCUCCUACUUGCAACAGACCAUUGCCGACGAAUUCGAGCUGAUUCUGCCGGAGCUGAGCGUAUUCUGCGACUAUGUCAAAAAAUUCUGUCAGUUCCAGAAGCCCGAAAUGGAUAAUUUCGCACAGAUCGAGUUCCAGUGCAUGUUGCUCUCGUUGGUGGAAAUACUGCAGACCUACGAUUUGGGCGAUGAGGUUGGGCGUGAGAAUUUGAAGGAGCUGAUCUCGCAUCUGCUGAAGGAGUGUCUGUUGGAUCACAAGAUUGUCUGCGUCCUGGUGCGCUGCAUGGAGCAGCUGGUAAGCGAUGUGAGUGCACGCCUGCAGUACUUCAUUGAGAUCAUCUAUGAGAUUUGUGAGCUGAAUGCCAAGCAAAAUGAUUUGGUACACGAUCGCAGUUUGAUCGAAAAAUUGGGCGAUGUAGACACUUCGCUGGUCACGCAACUCAAUUCGCUCAAGGUGAAGAUACUGGAGCUGGAGGAACUGGAGGAGAACUUUGUGCGCCAAAAGGAGUACAUACGGGCCCAGGCUGUCAAUGAUGAGAAAAUUGCCGUGUCUGAUGAAUACAGAGAGCUGAUACAGCCGCAGCUGGAGAAGCACGGUGUGCUAGAGCUGCACGCAAGUCCCAAGCUGUCCAAACAGGAGCGUGUGCUCAAGGGACUCUACAUAUCCUAUUACCUGGUCGCCUCCGAGCAUGUGAGUUCGCUGAAUCAUAGCAUUUGCAAGCUCUACAAGGAUUUCAUCUGCCGCCAUUUGGCAUCCACGGAGCUGGACAUUUUCGAGUGGGCUAUUAAAUGUGGCACCACAUUCAGCAUGCUCUAUGAGGCAUACACCAAGGAAGUAUUCCAUGUGCUUUACGAUCAGUUUUACACGGACAACAAUUUAAGUUUAUGCGAGACUGCAGCAAAGUGUAUAUUCGAAUUGAUUGAUCACUAUGGUAUUGACUACUUUAUGGAUUUAAAUCAAUCCGUCACCGGACCGGGACAGGCGUCCAAAUCGAAACGUCGCAUGUUGUACACCAUGCAGGACUUUUACGACGGCGAGGAGGACAGAAGUCAAUCACAAAGCAGCGAUAAAAAUACGGACAUUAUUGCCGUGAUGGGAUUCUUUGUUGAAAAGGUCGUGGACAAGGGCAUACUCCUGGCCAUUGUGACGGGUCUUUGCCGUUUAGUGUUGCGCGGACAACUCGACAAUCGUCCCGAUGUGCUGGAGAAGCUGCUAAAGCGUUAUUUUAAUCCCAAUACGGAACCCAUUGUUAGCCAGGUGCUCGGCAUGUUCUUUGAGAGCAUUGUGGACCAGAAACUGCAGAGUAUACUGGAACCUUGCCUGCUGCCCAUUGUGUGGUCUAUUAUGAAUAGCAGCUACGAUUCCCCGCUGCACGACGUCGCACCCGGACAUGUGAUCAAGUUCUUUGUCGAUCUGACGGCGCUGGGGAAGAGCACGCCUGAGAACAAUAUACACAAUCAAAUAGCAAUUAGUUUUCUACAGUAUAUACAAAACUAUUACACGGAGCGCAAGGAAAUGUGCCGUCUGUUGGCCAAGGACCUCACCACACUGAAACUCAAUGUGAUAAACUGCACACAACUGAAAGAUGAGAUGCUCGAACUGGCCGACAAUCUGAUUAAUAGCGAGCUGGAGCCACGUUUGAUACGCAGUAUUGUUGACUUCAAGGAUAUGCUCAACGGCAGCUUUAAUCCUAUACCCGAACGCAAUACAGAGGGUCAUGACAGCGAUGUCGACGGCGAGGAGUGUGAAAGCGUCACGGCCCCCACAGCAUCCACAUCGGAACCUGCAGCUCCAGCAUCAAUUGUGCCAACAAUAUUAAUAAAUAAAGAUACUGGCGAAGUCAUCAGAGUGCCUUCAUCACCAUCACCAGCAGUAGCACCAGAAGUAGCAACUGUUCCCACUGAGAACGUGGCGCCCGUAUUGACCACCUAUGGUACCAAUAAUCAGGUGGGCAUACGCUACCUGCGACGUUCGUUGCACAAUUCGAUUAGUCAAUCGGAUGGAGACAGUAUAUGCGGCUCACAAUCCCCUGCCAGGGAGUCGGAAAUAGCAACAAGAUCGCAGAGCGAAGUCAGUGAAUUAAGUAGACGGAAUCUACGUCGAGAGAAAACGAUACAGCAGCUGGAACAGGCAAUGGCACAUGCCUCCAAGACGCCGGAAAAGAGAGCAGCAACUCCAAAAGUCGUGGAAGCAAAUGAAAAUACAACAAUUGUAGAUGUCAAUCGUACAUCUAUAGCAGAGGAAUCUCAGCACAAUAAUUAUUCGGAAGUAAUUGAGGAUUCUCCCACAUCCUCAACCACGAGCAGAAGCACCAUGCACAGUGGAACUAACCUGAGAGUGCGCUUGAGGCGCACCCACAAAAAUAACAACAACAACAACAAGAGCACAGCAGCAACAGCAGAAGCAACAUCAACAACUCGCAUUUCUCCAUCGGCUGGCAGUAAACAGCGUAAAGUUCUUCACCUUGAGAUGCCGACGCCGCUGCGCAAUGGACGUAAACGUGUUCUGCGCAAAUCUCUGCGUUCCCAAUCCUCCGAAUCGGGUACAUCCUUGCAACGAAUCUCUCCCUUGCGGAAACAGCAACGUUUGGACGCCAAUAAGCCCACAAGGCAGAGCAGCGCGGCAGCCGCAACAGCAGCUGCGGAUGAGAAGAUCCACAGCAGUCCGACGGGCAGCACCACCUCAUCCGUGAAGGAGAACACGAUGCCAGCGACAGCGGAUGCAACACAUAAAACGCCACAGUCUAGAAGGAGAUCCGCAUCGCACUCGAACAGCACGCCUGCAUCCCGGGUGACGACACGGCAGUCGGCUCGCAAGCAGCGCAUCAACGCCAUGUGCAUGACCCGCAAACGCAUGUCCCUGGAGUUAAGCCUGAGCGAAGGACAUCUGAAAAUGCCCACGCCAAAGCGAGUGCGACAGGACAAAACACACCGAAAGACAGCCAACAACACAAGCAGUCCCAGAAACGCGAGAACAACAACGAGAGAAACCCAAGCAACCACAACAGCAGUAGCUUCCCCUUCCCCUUCCAUAUCCGCUUCCACUUCAUCCACAUCAGCAUUAACUCGCACUCGUCGCAAGUAGAAUUUCCCUACGCCCCAAAGGACAAAUUUACAAUGUUUUAAUGUUUAUUUGUGUUACACAGACUUACAGUCACUUUUUAAUUUUUUAUGAUUACUCGCUUUCCAAUGUUUUUCCUUGUAAAUUUAUGUAUACUACGUAGUCGUCUUUUAAUAAACUUACUUAAAACAUAAAAAAUUA